AGAAGAAGAAGAAGAAGAAGAAGAAGAAAAGGAAGAAGAAGAAGAAGAAGAAGAAGAAGAAGAAGAAGAAGAAGAAGAAGAAGAAGAAGAAGAAGAAGAAGAAGAAGAAGUAUAUUGGAACAUGAAAUUCAGUGUUGAGGAUAUUAAUCAGAGGAAGGAGAAUCAUCACAAACCAACCCCUUUAACCCAGUCAUCAUGAUUAACAAUACUACUCUGGUCAGAGAGCACACAGACUGCCAUGAAGUUCAGGUUCCCAUCGAGAUCUUCCUCAUCAUUGGUGUUGUAAGCCUGAGUGAAAACCUUCUGGUUGUGGUAGCAGUGAUUCGUAAUAAAAACCUGCACUCUCCCAUGUACUGCUUCAUCUGCAGCCUGGCGGCUUUUAACACCAUCUCCAGCCUCUCCAAAACCUGGGAGAACAUCAUGCUGGUUUUUAGAGACGCUGGCCAUCUGAACUCUCAGGGACCAUCUGAGCUCAGGAUAGACAAUGUGAUGGACACUCUGCUCUGCAUGUCAUUUCAAGGCUCCAUCUUUAGUUUCCUGGCAAUCGCUGUGGAUCGCUACAUUACUAUAUUCCACACGUUACAGUACCACACGCUCAUGACUAUGCAGCGCACGGUGUCCAUCCUGAUCACAAUCUGGGCCCUGUGUGGUUUCAGUGGUGCUCUCAUGAUCACGUUCUUUGAAACUACAGUGGUGAUGAUCUUCUUCAUUGUGCUCUUCUUAGCAGCUCUGUUCCUUACCCUCCUACUCUAUGUGCAUAUGUUUUUGCUGGCGCAGUAUCAUGCAGGCAGGAUCGCAUCAAUGCCAGGAGCCGCUGGGCACCGCAGGAAGCGUGGCCUGAGAGGGGCACUCACACUUACCAUUCUUUUUGGUGUGUUUGUGGUCUGCUGUGCUCCUUUCUUCCUCCACCUCCUGAUUAUUAUGGUAUGCCCCAAAAACCCAUACUGUGAGUGUUAUCGGUCUCUCUUCCAGCUGCAUGUGGUGCUGCUGAUAAGUCAUGCAGUUAUUGAUCCAGCUAUUUAUGCCUUCAGGAGCGCUGAGCUACGAAACACCUUCCGGAAAAUGUUCUCCUGCUUAACGGAAGCUCAGAAUUAUGUCCAUGGCACAUGUGAAUUUGUAAUAUCAUUUGCAUGACUAAACCAUAAGUGUUCCUUAUAAAUCAAAAAAUAAAGGAGGCAGACAGAACUCCGGUUACAACAUUUAUUUAAAAUCUCCUGGUCACCUAUUC